AUGAGCAGAACAUAUGAAGAUCUUGGUUGCUACAACUGGAAACCAGAAAGUUUAAAACUUUUUUUUUCCCUUCUAGAUUUUCAACUGAAUUCUCACCUAUCAACACUGGCAAAUAUUCACAAGAUUUACCACACCCUCAAUAGGCUGAAUCUGACAGAGGACGUUGGUCAAGACGAUCACCAGACAGGAGAGAGGCUUUCAAAGAUACGAAGAAUAGGAAGUCUCCGGUCUUGCAGUUCAUCAGACUGCUUUAGUAAAGUGAUGCCUCCAAGGAAAAAGAGGAGACCUGCAGCAGGAGAUGAUUUAUCUGCUAAGAAAAGUAGACAUGAUGGUAUGUAUAGAAAAUAUGAUUCAACUAGAAUAAAAGCAGAGGAAGAAGUAUUUUCAAGUAAGAGAUGCUUAGAAUGGUUCUAUGAAUACGCAGGCACUGAUGACAUUGUCGGGCCAGAAGGUAUGGAGAAAUUUUGUGAAGACAUUGGAGUUGAACCAGAAAAUGUAGUUAUGCUUGUACUAGCAUGGAAGUUGGAUGCACAAAACAUGGGCUACUUUACAUUACAAGAAUGGUUAAAAGGAAUGACAUCACUACAAUGUGAUACUACAGAAAAAUUGAGAAAUUCUCUGGAUUACUUGAGAUCUUUAUUAAAUGAGCCUACCAAUUUUAAACUUAUUUAUAGAUAUGCAUUUGACUUUGCACGGGAAAAGGACCAGCGCAGCCUAGAUAUCAAUACUGCCAAGUGUAUGUUGGGCCUUCUUUUAGGAAAAACAUGGUCCCUUUUUCCAGUAUUUCACCAGUUUCUAGAGCAAUCAAAAUAUAAAGUUAUCAAUAAGGACCAAUGGUGUAACGUGCUUGAAUUCAGCAGAACAAUUAACCUUGACCUCAGUAAUUAUGAUGAAGAUGGAGCCUGGCCAGUGUUGUUGGAUGAAUUUGUGGAAUGGUAUAAAGGAAAACAGAUGACAUAGGAGUUUAACUAUGCACAGCCACUCAAGAGUCACUGUUACCACAGUUAUGUCAACCAUUAGCCAUAAACUGCUAUUUGUAUCAAAGUGCAUGCUGCUUUUCUUGCACUGCAUCCCUUUUGCAGGGAACUUUUGAUGUUUGCUAUUUAACAAGCUAGCUAUGCUUGCUGUGUAGCAUUGUUCUCUUUGAAGGCUGCUUUGCAUUUUGUAUUUACACUACAAAUUGGUGAACUUGCCAGCGUCUUCACUGUGAUUAUGUGUAUAAUGCUGUCUAAAUUUUGUAUAUGUGUAUAAAAAAAAAGCUUCACCUAGGGAUUAUUUCUGCAGAAAUGUAUUGUAAAAAUAAUUUUGUGGCAUAUUUCUAGUCAUCACUUACAUGUUUGUUGAAACUUUAGUUAUUUUGUUUUUCUUUUGGUCUCAAAUGUAGCAUUUCAGAAAAUGAAAUGAACAGACUGCUUGGACAUAGUUAUGUGAAGAACUAUUGUCAAUUUUAAUGUUACUAUUUGAGAUGCCAAUUUCUGAGGGGAGAAGACAUGCUGUGACUUUCUUCACCGGAAUUCGCCAAACCUGACCUAUUGCUUAAUAGGAAUGAAACAUUGGUGUCUUAAAAAAAAAAAAAAAAACAUAUAAAUAUUAAAACACUGUAAUAGUUGUACAUGCCACAGAUGAUUUCCAUUUGGAGAAAAAAAGUACUGACUUUUUAAUGUUAAAACUGCAGUAGUCAUUACAGGUACAAAUGAACAAAUUAAAGUACCUUUUAAAAAUGGG